AUGAAGUUUGUGCAGUUUGAACCACUGACUGGAAGCAGGAAGGGCAAUGUGUGCCUUGGAGUUGAGUUGUCCAGGGGUUCCGAUAUCGCUGAUUUAUCGUCAGGGGACAAGACACUGCCAAACAACAUGUGCGAGUUUUUGGAACAGGGAGAGACAACAGUGGAAAAGGCCAGAAGUUUAAUCAGCAGUGGUGACUGCCCGAUCCUGAAAGCUGAUAGCUUUCGACUUCUGGCUCCGAUAACGCAUCCAGACAAAGUACUGUGUGUAGGGAUGAACUGUGUUGAUCACUGUGAGGAGAUUGGGGCAGUCCUUCCCACUGAACCGGUCAUCUUUAACAAGUUCCCCAGCACUAUCAUAGGCCCUGGUGAUGACCUGAUACAUCCUGAUGUGACAAAGGAACUGGACUGGGAAGUGGAACUUACAAUAGUGAUUGGAAAGAAAGGAAAAAAUAUCUUAGAAUCAGAGGCGAUGAGUCACAUAUUUGGUUACACAGUCGCUCAUGAUGUGAGUGCGAGAGACUGGCAGGUCAGAAAUGGUGGCAUGGAUACAUUUUGCCCUCUGGGUCCAGCCAUUGUCAUGAAAGAGGAUUUAUCUGAUCCACAUAACUUGGGAGUACGGUCACGUGUUAAUGGUACAAUAAAACAGGAGAGCUGUACCAGGAACCUUGUGGUCAAAUCUGAGAGGCUUGUCAGCCACAUUUCCAGGUUUGUUACCUUGUUACCUGGGGACAUCAUUUUAACAGGAACUCCGGGUGGUGUAGGCUUUACCAGAAAGCCCCCUGAAUUCCUGAAGAGAGGUGACACUGUGGAAGUUGAAAUAGACGAGAUUGGUACAUUGGUGAACAAGGUUGUUUAGCCAUAUGGUUAAAUAUGAGAGAAGAAAAUUUAAAGUUACAAUUAUGGAGGAAAGAAGCUGCCAUAUUAGACCUGGUUGUAACCCCGGCAUUCCACACUGUGGUUUUCUAUAUAAUCACAUCAAACCAAUUCAUUGGGACUGGAUACAUGUAUAAAUGCCAAAUUGUGAAGUAUGCUGUAAUGGACAUUUCUGAUGUGUCACUCAAGAACAUUUGACGAAUCGACAUAGGAAAUGCUGUUGCAGAUGCGUCCACUGGAUUUGUCAUAUUGAUAACAUAUUUUUGACCUUUUCAUCACGCUGUACUGAGAAUGGAUUAAGCAUUGUCUAGAGAGAUAUGAUAAGACAUCAGGUGUGAGGGAUCCAUCGACCGAUUGUAGUGACAGCUAAACAGAAUGUAUGUUAUCUAGAAGUCAGUGAGAACAACAUUCAUACUGUACAGUGAAUGUACAUGUUUAUGCUAUGUGUUUAAGUUAAUAAAUUCUCUUUCAUAUGAAUGGCAAACAGAAGUGUUCUAUUCAUCAUCACCAUCAUGAAGGUGGCCUGGAAUAAAUAUGCCUUUGUACAUGUUAAUUUUUUUUUAUGCCACACCAGCCAUAAAUAUGAAGAAAUUGUCCGGCUGUAAGCUGUUUUUAUGUAAUCUUACUUAUUUACGUAGGCUACUUAUUAUCAUGCCUGUUUGUAUUCUAGGACAUGAGCCUACUAUAGCCUACUUUAGCAACCAUACAACAGGUUGAAGUAUUGCCUGUGGUGACAGUGGUGGCAAACAUACUCCCCUCAAUACUAAAUGAAUUUGUAGUGGACUAUGUGGAAUUGUAUCUUGUGAACAUUUAUAUUUU